ACUCGACCCAUGCCGCCCGCCUCUUGUUGCCUUGCUACAUUUUCUUCCUCGAAUUUUCUUCUUCUUCUCUGGACUCCAUAGCACCUGAUAGAAGGCCUUCACUCCUGCAUACAAGUACUGCGAGGCUGAAAAUAAGUGACUAUUCUGUUUGGUGUCGCCCAUCUGCUGAUCGCUUCUGCUCACCGCGGCCCACUUGGACGGGAUCAACCUUGGACAGGAUUCCGUCUCAUUUACCAUUGGCACCACUCCACCACGCAAUCAAAAUCAUACUCGCGUCUAGGAGUCUUUGACAGAGAACACUUACGCCAACUAUUCCUUGUCGAAAGCUGUAUCUUUCGUCUUUCGUCUCAGCACCCUUUUCGUUCCCUUUUUCGCGCCCACAGCCGUUCGUUGAUCGCUCGAGUUGAGCUCGAAUUGACUGCUCUCUUUUCCUCGUGCGCAAAGACUGCCAACAAAGCCCUUUGUGAGCCAGUUAUCGUGGUCGAACCCGAGUUACAAGGCUCGCCCUCCUAAGAAACCGCUGGCCCGAGCUCAGAGCACACCCGUGGCGGAAGGGCCCUCCUUUGUCGCUGGAGAAACAUCCACCUCAACUACUGCGCGAAACCACCGCGUCCUGGCGCCAUCCAAUAUUUGUUCGCCCUAUCGAUUCUAGAUCCUAUCGUUGCGCACCCUGCACAGCAACCAGGGUUCUCAUUUUGCGCAGGCGUUUGCUUGCUGAAAUCCUACAGCAAUUCAACAACCUGCAGUGCAGGUUCUUUCUGUUCUACGAUACCCUAUACAUCGUCUCUUCCGGUAUGAGUCUGCCUACACGAGCUUGACAAGAAGACUGCGUCACAAAGGGGAGGACACGAGGCCGGCCUGGAGAUGUCAGCUCCAAAGCCUCCCGUUGCACUUAAAAAUCAAUGCUCGAUCGUCCACGAUGGUGUCAUCUACGUUUAUUCUCCGGACGCUUUUCAGACGUUGGAAUUGAAAGAGGGCGCACAAUGGAAGCAAGAGACAAAUGGCGUGUCGGUGAAAGGAGCCGUCUGUGUUAAGGGCGGUGUGGAUGGAGACAACUCAAAAACCGCUCUAUAUGUUGUUGGAGGAGCUGCGAAUGCGUCUUCCUCUGAUUACCCUGGACUGCAGCGUUUCUCGAUCACAGACAAGUCCUGGCAGACUAUCACCCCGGCCGUCAAGGUCACGCAGAACCGGCACAACCACGGGGCCGCCUACAUGAACACCUCGUCCUCCAUCUUAGUGUAUGCCGGAUCUCAAGACAGUGGCUAUGAUGGUCUCUCUUCGGAAACAUUUGUACUGGAGACGUAUCCGCCAUAUCGUGUGCUGGCCUACAGCUCGACUGCACCACCAACCAAGAAGCCUAUCAUGCUACCAUGGAGUGAAGAUCGAGCUUUCAUGGCAGGCGGCAGUUCGACAAAUGUCAAUCUUUUUACCUUUGGUCCUCAAGAUGGCUGGCAAGAUCUUGGACUCUCCCUCCCUGCCCCCCUUCCUGAUUCAUCUGUGGCGCAGAGCGCCAUCCUGACGCUGGACGACAAUAGCAAGAUAUUGCAAACAUUCAACCUGGGACAGGACGUGCCCAACAUCACAUCAAAUGUCUUGUUAAAUGCUGGAGGCCAACUUGCGUCCUUUGGCGAAACAGUUGGAGGCAGUGUCCCAACAUCCACCCCCACAGCCUCGGCAGGCGGUGGCUCCAAAGCUAAGAGAGAUGUUUUUCUCAACACGUACCCAAGUUACAAUAACAGCCUCGCCCCCUCAAGUUCUCGCACCGACUUCGAUUUGGUACAAGGAGAGAAUGGCCUGGCCGCCUUUGUUGGAGGCUCUACCGACUCUGUGGCUUUCUUCAACCAGACAGGCAACAGUUGGAUUUCCACAACAUCAAUCCUUGGGAAACAAGAAGCCAUCAGUACACCCUCAACUACGCAAUCUCCUGCAAGCGCAAGCGCAACGUCUACACCAAGUAGUCCUGCCGGCACGUCCUCUCAUAAAACCAAUGGCUUGGCCAUUCUGGGUGGAGUACUGGGUGGUAUCUGUGGCCUCGCCGCCAUCCUGAUCAUAAUCCUCCUGUGGCUUCGUUCGGUUCGCAGGAAACGGGAACGGGCUGAGAAGCAAAGUGGUUAUGGAGACGACAAGAAGAGAAGCGGAGAGUACAAUUUCGAGGAACAGGGUUUACAACCUCUGGCACGGCAAGGCCAACCCAUGGGAAGAAGCCCGGUGCCGUCCACCGUGAUCACAGAGGCCGACAGCACUGCCAUGGUAGGAAACAAAGGUGACCCCAAAUAUCUCAUUCGACGCGUGUCCUCGGAACGAGUCCAGACGCCCGGAUACCGCGGAUCUGGCAUUGGGUUCGGCCAAGCACUGUUCAAACGCGACAAGAGUCCUCUAUCUAUAUCCAAACCAAUGAACCCAGUUCUUGGAGAUUAUCAAGCAAGACCAAGUAUCGAGCUAGGGCGAGCUACUCCUGUCGGGGAACCUAUGGUAGCAACCGUAGCUACACCGGCGAGAAAAGCUUCCCAACGCAAAACUGAUGAAGGCUGGGGUAAAUACUUCCAGAGCGAGCCACAGACAGGCAACCGGACUAUGUUCUUUGGAAGGAGCUCAGGUGCCAGUCGAGGCAAAAGUGGUUUCUGGCCAGGUUCUGGUGUACCGGAAAGCUCAACCCGAUCAACCCCUGCUCGGUCAACAAAAAUUGUUCUCCGAGACAGCAAUGGCAACCCGCUCCAGGCUCAUAUGGUUGCAGCAGGAAGCCCUACACUUGAACAUGGACACCCGGACCCUCAGUCACGAGGACUUCAGGUAGCUGAGGGAAUACCUGCUCGUAUCUCCCGCGCCAGUUCUGUCAGUACCAAUUCUGACGAAGAGUACGAAGAUGAUCAUAUUGAAGGUGCAUUCUCCAGCGGGAUCCCUGCCAGUGUGGACGGCAUGCCAUGGACACCAGUAGGAAACACCUGGGGUGGCCCAGCUCAGCGACCGCUUCGACCUCCAAGCAGUUACUAUCAAACGCAAGACAUGCCUCUGCAGACCGCAUCAUCGGAGGAAACGACCGGUACUCAAGGCUCGUCCAUACCAUCAUUCCCCAUGCCGAACUCGGUUCGAAGCAUGAAUCCGGACGGAGGCAGUGUCAGUACAGCUGAAGCGCCUGCUAUUCGAGUUAACGGCCAUGGGCAGGAGUCUCGCGACUAUUUUUCGCACACGCGCGCAAGAAGUGGCACACCUGAAAACAACGACAUGUCGUGGUUGAAUCUAGGAACCCCCAAUCGGUGACUUUCGAACCGUUUCUCGCGAAUGCUCUACCAAUACUUGCUGGACGAUGUUGCAGGAAAAUCACCGAACACGCAAAUCCCACCUAAUACGGCAGGUUCUGUCAAGAGCCAGAUUCGGCCCAGAGGGAAGAAACCUGCACUGUUUCGGACCCGAUCGACACCCCGGACAACCCAGGCGUCUCACGAGCCGAGAAUGGUGAUCAAACAUGAAUCCUGGGAGGACGUAAUGGUAGAGCCUCCAACCCGUUCUAAGCCAGCGGCUUCGAUACAGUCGGUGUUUUUGGAAUCUCGAGACAGUCGGCGGUUGACGAUGUAAGUGCGAACAGGAAAGGCGAUUUGAAGGAUCUCAUGUCGAUCACCUCUGAACCUGAUGUGGCGGAAAGCGCAUUUUACUUUCUUUUCCAAGCGAUCUCAUUAUCAUAUCUGUUUCUUUAAUGUGCUGACGGUCAUCUUACCCACGAUAUCAAUGAAUGCGGCCAUCAAGGGUACGCAUUAGUGUACCAUAGUUGGAGGAGAUGUUAAUAUAAUGAUCCAAUAGUGUAUAGUCCAAGCUAGUCAUGUAGAUUGAAAAGGCAAACUAUCUUAUGGUAA